AGCUGAUCUACAGAUGAUAGUGAACAACUGAACUUAUUUUGUUGUAGAUGUAGUUGUAAUAGCUGAAUAUUUGAGGUUAUGAACUGAACAUUUUAUGAUAAUUUAAAAAAAUGUUAAUAUCAAUGUUAUCUGUUUACAAAUCGGUUUUGAUAUCAGAAACUUGUUAACAAAUUGCUUUUGCUAAAGCAAUUUUUAGUAACGAAUAUUAUUGAAUCCAUCCAAUCAUGGAUCACAAGGAAGAGCAAAACAAUGAGAUCGAAGCGUUGGACUCUAUAUAUUGUGGAGAAAUGGAGAUUAUAACGACAGAGCCACUGUAUGUGUUCAUCAUUCCUGUCAAAUCUGACAACUAUGAUGAUGACCAAGAGGCCGGAUUGCUAGCAAGACUGAAGUUCGAGUACACUCCCACUUAUCCUGAAGAAAUUCCCACUAUCAGUUUAGACGGCUCUGAAAAUCUAGAAGAACUACAAGAACAAGAACUACUCGACCACUUAGAGCAACAGGCUCAAGAGAAUAUCGGUAUGGUGAUGAUAUUCACUUUAGUGUCAGCCGCGCAGGAGUGGUUGAACACUGUCAAUGACGAACUUUGUAGGCAGCAAGUAGAGCGUGAAGAAUUGAGGGUAAAACAGGAAGAAGAAGCAGAAAGGAAACGUUUUGAAGGAACUGUGGUAACCGUAGAAUCAUUUCUUGCUUGGAAAAAGGCGUUUGACCUGGAAAUGGGCCACUGUCGAGAUAAGGAUAAGGACGAAAAGAAUAAAAAGCUCACAGGGAAAGAGCUAUUCUUAUGUGAUAAAUCUUUGAACCAGUCUGAUUUGAAAUUCUUGGAAGAAGGUGGAGAUUCAGUCAAAGUGGAUGAAUCAUUGUUCGAUGAAGACUUGGACGAGUUGGAUCUUGGAGAAGAAAAUGAAGAUUGAAUAUCGUGUUUUAUUCAAGAGAAACAUUAUUAAACUCAAUUUAUCUUGAGAAUUGAACUCUUUGAAAAUUCACUUUGGUUCUGUGAGCUUACAUAUAAAAGUGACUGCAAGUGAGUUUUUAUCUUAAAGCAAUAAUAUAUACACUUAUUAAGUAAUAAAAGUGACUGCAAAUGAGUUUUCAUCUUGAAGCAAUAAUAUAUACACUUAUCGAGUAUAA